AUGAGAAUUUAUAAGGAUAUUAUUACCGGUGACGAGAUGUUCUCGGACACAUACAAAAUCAAAUUAGUGGAUGAAGUGAUUUACGAAGUCACUGGUAAAUUAGAAACACGAUCACAGGGUGAUAUCAAAAUUGAUGGCUUCAACCCCUCGGCCGAGGAUGGGGACGAAGGAACCGACUCAGCAACUGAAAGCGGUGUAGACAUAGUUCUCAACCAUAGGCUAGUGGAGACGUAUGCAUUUGGCGACAAAAAAUCUUACACCCUAUACUUAAAAGACUACAUGAAAAAGUUAGUUUCAAAAUUGGAAGAAAAAUCUCCUGACCAAGUUGACAUAUUCAAAACAAAUAUGAACAAAGUUAUGAAGGAUAUUCUAGGAAGGUUUAAAGAGCUCCAGUUCUUCACAGGAGAGUCCAUGGACUGUGACGGUAUGGUUGCUAUGAUGGAGUACAGGGACAUUGAUGGUGUCUCCACACCUAUCAUGAUGUUCUUCAAACAUGGUCUUGAAGAAGAGAAAUUCUAA